GUAAAUUUUGUGAGACGUAGUGGUGGUGUUGUCCCGAAGUUUUGAAUUAAAAAAAUGUUUACCACACAAAAAAUCGAACCUGAAGUCAGAUUUGGAGAUUUCAUGUUCAAAUUGGAGCUACAAAGCAUCAGUGAUCAGGCGAAAGAGGUAGCCAGAUUGGAAUUACGAGAAACCGAGGAAAAUGUUGAAAGGGGUGUGGAGGAGCUGAGGAAAUUAUUGAGGGAAGAAAAAACCCUAGAUGUCCCCUUGGAGUAUAAUGAAUGGCUUUUGGGAUUUUUAAGGAUCUGUAAAUUCUAUCCGGAAAAUGCCAGAGAGAGGAUCAAAUCCCACUACAAAUACCGCCAACGUUAUCCGGAUAUCUUUACAGUUUGCACCCCAAAGAGAGUGAAGCACGUUUUUGAGUCGAACUCAAUUUUGAUACUGCCCAAGCGAGAUCAAUAUGGACGGAGGAUAAUACUGAUGAGAUCAGGAAAAUAUUGGGAUCACAAAAAAAUUCACAAGGAUGAAUUCUUCAUGGCCGCCGCCCUGUGCCAUGAAUUGUGUCGCAUGGAACCGAACACCGUGAUUAAUGGCAUUGUCGCCAUAACCGAUAUGGCUGGCCUCAGCAUGGAACAGGCCAUGCAAUUCACUCCCAGCUAUUCGAAACGUAACGUCGAAUCGUAUCGUGAUGGUGCCACAUUUCGUCCCAAGGAUUUGCAUUUCAUCAAUGAACCGGCCAUAUUUCAUAGGGUUUUCAAUUUGGUACGACCAUUUAUGAGUAAGAAGUUAUCGAAACGAACCCAUUUCCAUGGUUCGAAUGUCAAGUCGUUGCAUGAAUUUAUAGCACCCGAAUGUUUGCCCGAAUGCUAUGGCGGUACAAUGAAGCUGGAAUUGGACUAUGGCGCGCAGUUGUAUGCGGUGAUGUCGUUGUUUGAAGAGGAUUUUGAAAAUAAUCUUAAAUAUGGUUUUAAAAAGAAAUAAAUGUAGAAAAAAUAAAUAAUAUAUG